AGCGAGCAGGCUCGGGCUCUGGGAGACAUAGGUGAAGAGGCUGCAGGGAUGGGACGGGAUAAAUGUGCCGUUCUCCCCAAUAUUCUCCCCACAGUUUUACUAGGAUUGUCCUGUAUAUGUCGGCUGUCGCUCGGCACAGAGCUGAACUUUGUUACAUGCGGGUCCGUCGUUAAGCUGCUGAAUGUAAAGCACAAUGUGAGACUACACUCUCACGAUGUUCGCUACGGCUCCGGUAGCGGACAGCAGUCCGUCACCGGGGUAACCGUGGCGGAGGACAGCAACAGCUACUGGAGCGUUCGUGGGACGAGUGGGGCGCUGUGUCACCGUGGAACCCCGGUGAAGUGCGGCCAGACCAUUCGCCUCACUCAUGUCAACACAGGUCGCAACCUGCACAGCCACUACUUCGCAUCCCCGCUCUCCUCCAACCAGGAGGUGAGUGCAUUUGGCGAGGAAGGAGAGGGGGACCACCUGGACGAGUGGACGGUCCAGUGCGGGGGGUCGGUGUGGCAGCGCGAAGAGGCCGUUCGCUUUCGCCAUCAGGCCACGGACGCGCUGCUGUCGGUGACGGGGGAGCAGUACGGCCGGCCCAUCCACGGCCAGUCGGAGGUCCACGCCAUGUCCAGCCCCACCCAGCACAGCCUCUGGAAGGCCAUGGAGGGCAUCUUCAUGAAGCCCAGCGAGAGCCCCGUCGGCAGCCGGGACUACAGCCCCCCACACACGGAGUUCUGAGCUCCACCUCCACCUCCACCUGUCACGUCUUCCUGUGUUUCCUCCCCGUCUACCUCCGUCUCCAAUCACACCAGUGGCAGCAGCAGGCACCGUCUCCCCUCGGGAGAUAUUUUGUCUGAGGAUGCUCUCAUGGAAACUUGAAUCCUCAAAGAUUCACUUAGACAGCAAACGUUCAUCCGUAGCUUCACAAAGACAGAGAAGUAUUCAAAUCUUCUUUAUUACAGGUUUGGGCACUUUAUGUCAAAUAAAAAAAAGAGUUCUUCUCUGUGUUUUACGGUCAAUUUACAGGUCAGAAGGGAUGUUUGCAGAUCAAUGCAUUCACCAGCUGAGUCUUAGUGGGUUCAAAAAGACAUCUUUACGCUUGUGCCUUUUAUCCUUCUUUAAAACGUUGUGGGUGUUUUAUAUAGAAAAGCUUCUAAGCUUUUGGAAACAGAAAUUGUCUAACUUUGUGUUUUUAUGCUGUUAAUAAGCCCUGCUAAAAAAAAAAAAAACGAACAAAAAACCCCAGUGUUACUGUAGAAGAUUACUUUCUCCCUUUUUAAAGUCGCUUCCAGUGUUGCACAUCAAUUAUUCUGCACAAACCGACUUGAGAGUGAGCAGUUUGGUUUUAUGUGCACUACAGAUCUGGAUGAUGUUUGAUUUGGUUUCUAAGUGCUUAGAGACAGGACAAUGUUUUACAGUCGUGCUGUUUGUCCUUGCAAAUGUGUUUUAGAGGUUCAUUUGUGCACCAAUCUGCCAGUGAAUACUUCAUAUUCACUGGCAGUCUUUAUCAAGCAUACCACUAUCAGUGUUUUUACUUUCUUUUAUGGGGUCUCGUGCUGUUAAGGCCCACCAAUAUAAAGGUCUUUAUGUCACCCACAACGAUAAAAAUUGAUUUGAGGAUUUUGCAAGUUAUCGGGGAAGCUGUUCACGUCUGACUGGACCAUUAAACCUAUCCUAAUGUC